UGUUGAAAGUGAGAAAGAAUUUGUAUAUGUCAACGGUGCAAGGAUGAGAAUGUUGCACAGCCAGGACUCUUACAAACACUGGCCAUUCCAACUCAAGCUUGGAGUGAUAUUAGCUUGGAUUUUAUUGAAGGACUACCUAGGUCUCAAGGUAAGGACACUAUAUUAGUGGUUAUUGACAGGUUCACCAAGUAUGGGCAUUUCAUAGCUCUACAACACCCUUAAACCGCAGUACAGGUGGCAGAUGUAUUGAUCUAGGAAAUUUAUAAACUGCAUGGACUGCCUAAAACUAUGGUUUCUGACAGAGAUGUGAACCUAGAGCAUGGAUCGGAAGGUGUGAAAGAUAUUUUAAUAUAUCUAAGGUGACAGACCUUACAGGAAACUAGUUGUUGUAAGUGAUAAUCCUGAUCCAAUUGCUUUGCAAACUAGUAGAAUUCAAUCUUCUCCGUAGAAAAAUGAAGUGUGAAUAUAUUCAUUUCAUAUGGGCACUAAUGAGAAUUCCUAUAAACUGAUUGGAUAUCCAAAUGACUUAGAAGUCAAGGAAGAAGCCUGGAUAUAAUAAUGUGCAAUCAAUGGGUGGUUAUGGACAGUCAAAUCAUGGAGGCUAAAGGAAUGUUACUUUUGACAUCUUUGGAAAUCAGUCUAGUAUUGGUGAUCAUGCAUCUACUGUGUCUCAACAAGCACUAGUUCAUCAAGUCAUUAAGUGAAUAAAGCACAAGGUUUCACAAAAGAUGAAUAUAGACACAGAUCAUGCAGUUAUUAAACAAGGAUACCAAGGACUGUAACCAGACCAACGCAUCCGGUAUUGCUACAUGCCUAAUGGAUAAUCUAUUUACUCAUGAAUCUAUUGUAGAUUUUAGUGCUAAGAUCUAACACGGGCAGGGAGAGGUCCAUGUUCUCUCUCUGAGCGCACGAUAGCAAGGCAGCUAAUGUACGCCUAUGCUGAGGAAUGACCACACGACGGACUACGGCAACAUCGCCGAUGGCAAUUGUCACUCCGGCGAGUGGAAUACAACAGCAACUAGCGCCAUUAACAUUUGGUAACUUCUUACCUCACUCAAUCCAUUCUAUCUGUGAGCAAAAAGAAUUAGAGGCAGAUCUAGACCCAGCUGGGAGGAGAAUUUCUACAAGGCUGGAGGAUUCACAGUUUCCUCCGCGACUCCAAUUCUCUGAAGCUGGUUCUUCAACUCAUACCACACCAGGGUAUGAAGUCGUUGGUGGGAGCGGAGCGCUUUACCCCCCACAAUGUCAUUUUCCAGCAAGAAUUUGAAUCAGUCAAAAAGUCACAUACCAAAAUUGAGUUUAGAGUCAUCUCAUCCUUCUUGUUAAUCUUACCUGCUCUCUAGCACUUAUGGAUAUGAGAUCUAUAGAUGUGGCAAUAUUAGGAGAUAAAAUUAUGAAUGAAGCUGUCAGGAACAAGGUGGCAUCAAUAGACGAUAAAAUGAGUGAUCCGGGAUAAAUGACUAUCUUAUCUUUUGAUGACAUCUUUAGAGGCCAACACAUAGAGGCUCAAGACUUUAUCAUCUCGAGGAUACGAAAACAUGCAUGGAGGACCCAUUUUGAGCAUGCCAUUAAACAAAUCCGCGUGUGGAAGAUUGUAUGGGGGCUUACAUUUGAUGCCAAUUCGAGACUACAAGUUUUGAAGUGUGACUCCAUGGUUUUGGAGCAUUGAAGAAGCGCCCUUCAUUAAGGGUAUUUUGGGGAUUGCACAUAUUAAAGAAACAACCCAUGACCUCCCCUUUCAUUAAGGGUAUUUUAGUCCACUAUACUAUAUAAUAAGUUAGUCUAUAUAUAGUCUCUUAUUAGGUCUUUUCUAUUUAGUUGUUUAAGGAUGAAAAUAUGAGACAUUGAAAAUACUCUCUCUCGAGAGUAGAACCUUAGUAUAGUUCUUAGUUAGGACUUGGACUAGCCAUUGUAGCUUAGGGUUUGGAAAAAUCAAUAUUGUUCUUUGCUUGAAAACGGUGGAUCUUGAGGUGA